UUGAAAGCCUGCUACAAGGAGGAUCCCAUGGAGCCAAUGGUGAUCUCCAUUUACAAAAUAAAUGCCUACCCUUUCAUAUACAAAAGAUAUUUAGUCAAGAAAGAAGAAUUACAUAUUGAAGAUAGCACAAGUGUGAAUAAAAAUCAAAUGAUAUCCAGUUUUCUUGAUAUCGUAUUUUUGCCUGCCAACCCAUUCAACGAAGACGCAUAUAACUUCAAACAGGUAGAAACCAAGAAAAUAUUGUCUUUUAUACGUAAAUAUUCAUGUCUUUUUAACAAAUAUAAUAUCAGCAGCCUUGGAAAGUGGUUGAAGUCAGCAAAAGUAAGCCUAACAGACUCUCCGAUCAAAAGAAUAUACGGCAGUACAGGAGAAAAAGUACAAGUAAGAAACGUGUAUGUCUUAAAGGAUGAAUAUUUAGGUAAGUUUGGCUUCAGUUUGUAA